AUGGAGCACUCUGUCACCUGGCACAACAGGUCUCUCUCAACUUCUGCAGCCUCACAGCAGUCGACUAUCUCUAACGUAACCGAGUCUGACAGAAACACUCAGCGUGAGGUGGAGCUGAACCAGACCUUGGGGCUGUGUAUUAUGCUCAUCAUGGACGUUCUGGCAGUGGUGGGAAACUUGGCCGUGAUGGUUGUCAUCACUAAAACGCCCCAGCUACGUAAGUUUGCCUUUGUGCUCCACCUAUGUCUGGUGGACCUGCUGGCAGCGCUGCUGGUGAUGCCCCUGGGGAUGCUGUCAGACUGGGUCCUGAUGAACGAGGCGCUGUGUCGAAGCUACCUCUGCUUGAGCGUUUGUCUAGUGAGUGCUGCCAUCCUCACCAUUUGUGCCAUUAACGUGGAGCGCUACUACUACAUUGUCUAUCCUAUGCGGCAUGAGGUGAAGAUGACAGUGGGGGUGGUGGUGACGGUAUUAGUGGGAAUAUGGAUUAAAGCUGUUGUUAUGUCUGUACUGCCUCUGCUAGGUUGGCUGCUUCAGGGGACCCCGAGUCUGGGUGCUCCUGAAGUCCUCAUUCCCAGUCAGAGACAAUGCUCACUUCACUGGACAGGAGGCAGGACCACUCGCCUGCUUUUCAUGGUCUUCUUCUCAAUAAUAUAUUUCCUGUUCCCGGUACUGAUCAUUCUGGUGGUCUACUGCAACAUGUUUAAGGUGGCCCGAGUAGCAGCCAUGCGUGAUGGACCCAACCCCACCUGGAUGGACACGCCACGGCAACGCUCCGACUCCAUCAGCAGCCACUCCACCGUGGGAGCCAGCCUCGGAGGCACCGGCGCACGCUCAACCCCUCAAAGAAUAUUCACUGGUGGGAAGGCAGCAGUGGUUCUGGUGGCAGUGGGAGGUCAGUUCUUCUGCUGCUGGCUGCCAUAUUUCUCAUUCCAUCUCUACUCGGCUGUCAUGUCCACCUCUCCGGCCUCACUGGCCCAGCUGGAGAACGUGGUAACCUGGAUCGGCUAUUUUUGCUUCACCUCCAACCCCUUCUUCUACGGUUGUCUAAACAGGCAAAUUCGAGAGGAGCUGGCCCGACACCUGGCCUGCCUUUUCAAGAGGGCCAGGCCCAGUGAAGGGGAGCAGCUGGCCAGCCGCGAGGCCUCCAUUGAGGAGAACUUCUUACAGUUCCUUCAGGGUACUGGAUGCAAUCUGGAGCCCUGCAACUCUCACAGCAGAGCCAGCCCAGAGGAACCAGAAACUGAAGGUCUUCAGGAAUCAGCUGUUGAGCAGAACUCAACAGCUGACUUCCACAUCCCGGGGCAAAUCCUUGAGGAAACCGCAGAGUUCACGCAGCAGCAACAACAACAGCCGAACAAUGAGCUUUGUGUAGCAGAGAACUGUUGCAAAACUGUACCAGUGAUGUAGCUGCCACGAGUACCAUGUCUGUAGCCAUCUGAUGAUCCAAAAAAUAU